CCAGGCAAUUCGAAUUCAAAAUGGUGGACAAUUUAAUGUUUUGGUUUGUAAUUCUCUCAUUUACGGCUUCAUGCCCCUUUAUAAUUGCUUUAUUUUAUUACCAGUACUGGAGGAAUGAGGAUAAGAAGGAGUUCGAYGGAAAAAAUGUGCUAAUUUUGACUGCGCAUCCAGAUGACGAGUGCAUGUUYUUUGCCCCCAGUAUUUUGCAGCUUGCACGUUGUGCACAAGUUUAUUUGUUAUGCAUUUCUACAGGAAAUUAUUAUAAUCUUGGUGAAAUAAGGAAAAAAGAGCUUCUGGCCAGCUGUGCUAUUCUUGGAAUACCUAAAAGCAACAUAACAAUACUGGAUAAUAAAGAAUUACAAGAUGGAGGGUCAUGGGAUACUCACCUAGUCAGGAAAGAGAUAAAAUCUCACUGCAGAAAUCAUAAUAUUGACACAGUUAUAACCUUUGAUGAUUAUGGUGUAUCUGGUCAUCCAAACCACRUAGCACUUUAUAAUGCUGUUAAUAUAUCAGAGGACAAUACAGACGUGUACAGUGACUCCAAGACCAUCCCAGUCUUUGUGCUUGAAAGUGUUUUCAUAUUUAGGAAGUAUAUUUUAUUUUUUGACUUGGCAAAUAGCUUGUCUGCAAGGUAUGUCUUCUUAUCUUCAGUAAAAGAUUUCAAAUUAGCUCAGAGAGCCAUGGCUGCCCAUGAAAGUCAGUUUGUGUGGUUUCGUCAAAUUUACAUCAAAUUCUCUCGAUACAUGACUAUCAACACGUUAGAAAGACAUAGAAAUUUAACAUAUGACUUAAAGGAAUAAACUAUGUUGAAAGCUCAUUUACCAGCAAUAAAGAUUCCAUAGCAGCCAUGUUGUAAUGAAAAACAAAUGAGGUUUUAUUUUGAAAAAUCAAAUCUCUCUUUAUGUGAAAGCAUUUACAGUAGUUAUUGUUUCAGAGCUAUGACAUGGCUUCCUUAAGACUCCUCUAUACACGAAUGGAGGGUUGCUCUAGAAGCUGACCAAGCAAAGACCAAUAAAUCUUUCCCCAAAUUUGCUCCAGUGGAAAUAUAAGUAAUAAUUUCUCCAAGUCAAAGUUGGACGAAUACUCCAAAUUAUAUAACUAGUAAAUUGUAAGGAUACCAAACCAAGAGAAUAAAAAUAUUAACCAAUUUUAAA